AGACCGAGGUAAUCUGUUGUCAGUUGAAAUAAGCAACAUAAAUUGAUUUUUACCUUUUAGUUGUUCUUGUUUCCGUGGGUGGAUGGGGGAUACUUGUACCGAUGAUGUGGACGAGUGUCUCACGCAGGUCUGCAAAAACGGCGGCACGUGCAUAAAUAAUGAUGGAGGAUAUACAUGUAGCUGCCCGAGUAACUGGGGCGGAGAUAAUUGUACCAAUGAUAUUGAUGAAUGUCAUUUGUAUUCCCCAUGCAAAAAUGGAGGCACGUGUAAAAAUAGUAUAGGAAGCUACAAAUGCGCAUGCCCAGCAACGUGGACUGGUAUAAACUGCACCGAUGACAUUGAUGAAUGUCUUUUAGCCAACCCAUGUCUAAAUGGCGGAACUUGUAACAAUACAGACGGAUCAUACACAUGUAAUUGUCCAUCCGAGUGGACAGGUCCAAAAUGUGAAAGCGAUGUUAAUGAAUGCCUUUUACUGCAAUGUGCAAACAACGGUAGCUGUUCUAAUACUAACAAUGGAUAUGUCUGCACAUGCACCGCCGCAUGGAUUGGUCCAGCUUGUACUGUUAAUGUUGACGAAUGUUCUAAAUAUAGAGGAAUAUGCAAUCACGGUGUCUGUAAGGAUUCUAUCGGAAGUUACCAAUGUGAUUGCAUUAAUGGAUAUCAAGGUCAGAAUUGUUCACAAGACAUUAAUGAGUGUAGUGUAUCUGAUGUGUGUAAAAAUGGCGGUACUUGCGAAAAUACGGUAGGUUCAUAUAUUUGUCAUUGCCCGAAAGGAUGGUCCGGAAAAAAUUGUACUGAUGAUUUUAACGAGUGUCUGAAUAAAAAUCCUUGUCACAAUGGCGGUACUUGUGUAAACGUGAAUGGAAGUUUUCGUUGCACUUGCAACGCAGGAUGGACUGGAAAAACCUGUGAAACAGAUUUUAACGAAUGUAUUAAAAUACCGUGCUUAAAUGGUGGAAAUUGUAUCAAUACACCGGGCAGUUUCCAUUGUGAUUGUGUAAAAGGGUGGGAGGGAAAUACCUGUCAAUCAAAUAAAGAUGAUUGUUCAGCGGUCAAAUGUCAAAAUGGUGCCAAAUGCCAAGAUUUAGUGAAUGAUUAUACAUGCGUUUGCACGAACGGUUUUACUGGAAAAGUUUGCGACAUUAACAUUAACGACUGCGCGCCAAAUCCCUGUCAAAAUGGCGGAAAAUGUCAUGAUCAUGUCGGAUAUUACGAAUGCGUCUGUCCGAAAGGAUGGGAUGGCCGGGUGUGUAGUGCAGACGUUGAUGAGUGUAAGGAUCAUCCAUGUCAAAGAGGGGAAGCGUGUCAUAAUAAUCUAGGUAGCUAUGCGUGUAUUGCUGAGCAGUUCGGAUCAGUGUCUACUCCCUCAACUACUACACAUUUCCAGGCACCAAAAAUAGUAGAUAUUUUCUCGUUGCAAUUUACUGGUCCGGUAUCAGACGCACAACGACCGCAAGUAAAGAAAGGAAUUACUGAACUUCUUCAAAAACUAACCUGCCGUGACUCCAAAAAUGUUUUCGUUUCGCUUGUUCACAAUUCUGUAAACACUCCAAAUAUCGUUGAAUUUCAUGCCCAGUGUGAUGGACACCACUUAAACAAUGCGGAAGUGAACUCGGCUAUUCGGACGUUUUCGGAUAAUACCCUCGCACAAUACUUCCCUGUUCAGCUAGCAAACACAAAUAAAAGUCCAGAAAAACAGUCUUGGAUAGCCUCUCAUAUACCUUUAGUAGGAGGUGCUGCCGGCGGUGUCGUGGUUCUGGUUAUCGUCAUUGUUGUAAUUGUUCGCUGUAAAAGAAAGAAGCCAGAGCCAGAUAUAUUCAACAAGGAAGUGGUAGAAGAACUUCAAGAUAUGGACGGAGAGGCAACUAUCACCAUCCGAAACCCAGUGUACGACUCAAUGUAUGCUCCCCAGACACAAAUAUAACACGGAAGAGGGAUGGUGUUUCCAGGGGUAGCACACAGAUUUCAAGGAAUUACACGUUUUGAGGACACAUCACAUGAAAACUAUUGUUUAUAAAUGCAGUUAUAAGAAAUAAUUAGGAACUGAGGUGACGCAUAGUAAUUUUCUUGGUUUUAGUCAAUUUAGUGUACGUUUUCUCAGGUUUAAAAUGCUUUGUGGAAGAUUAGAGCCAUGACAUAAACUUGUACAAUGAUUUACCAAGUAAACGACCGAUCAUCAUCAUGUGUAAAAAUAUAUAUACCGAAAAUACAAGAGUAAUUAUGACGAUAGCACAACUUUUAUAGUAGCACCGAGGAUCAAUUUAUAAUUUUUGAUUUAAUAGUUUUGCAUUUAUUGUUCAACAAUAACUACACAAUAUUAAUUAAAUGCAAAUUAUUUUGGUUCGUUGACGUGGUAUAUGAUAUUAUUUUAUAUAUAUAUGUUAUUUAUUUUCAUAUUUAAAAUAAAAUAUCUU